ACGUAAACCGUUGUCUCCCGCUUCCGUCUGUUCAGUGUUGAGUGUUGACUGAGUUAAAUAGAUCAAUUUCUGUUCAAUCAAACUAAUUGUUCUUUCAUCAUUGUGUUGUUAGUAAGUAAAUAAAAAUGAUAGCUCGAAAAGUCAUCAGUUGAGAAAAUGGCAAAGUACAAGUGUUUACGUACGAUAAUGUUUACUUUGCGGUAAAUGUUAAAGUUAUAGUUCCGACUCAAAACAAACAGCAGUAAUGUUUUUUCAAAUAAAUAUCACUCCAAAACAGAAACAGGCUGCAGAGCCUGCCACAAAAGCCAAAGUAAACAACAACUACAACUUACUGCUUGCACCAUUUCAACCUCCAACAAGAAUAAAUUUAGAUACCUAUCUUAGUUCAUCUGUGGAAUGUGAAUUGACAAUAAGGAACUCCAAUAACCGUCACUUGACUGUAUCAGUUACCAAAGUACCUCCUGAAGACAGAUAUAUCAAUUUGAGUGCUACAGAAUGGUCUAUUCAACCUGAAAGUUGCGUUAUUUUGAAAAUAAAAUGGGAGCCAAAAGAAGAAGGUUCAUGGAGAGAUGUAUUACAACUUUCAGACAGCAGACGUAUUAAAUACGAUGUAUCUUUGAUUUUAAACAGUACUAAUCCAAAUAAAGGAAUCAAAAAAAACAAAGGUUUGCAAAGAAUAUCAAAUAAAUCGAAUUUGAUUUCCAAAGCAAAUAAUGUGCUUAGUAACAAAAUGAAAUUGUGUGGUAAAUCUGUUUUAAAUGAUAAUAAACAAGCUACAUCCAAAAUAAAAAUACAAUCGUUAACUAAACGAUCAAGAACUACAUCUAUUGAAGUAACAAAUAAAGAGAAUAUGUCGCAAAAUGUUGGAUUAGAUUGGAUGUUGAAUCAAGCACAAACAAAGAGACAAAGAAAAGAACAAUCACCACCAACAACAUUAGAUUUUUCGAAAUUUCUUGAUUCUUCAACUUUUAAAUUUACACCAUUAAAAUCCAAGUUUCCACAUUUAGAAUCAAGUUUAAAUCAAAACUCAUUUCAAAUUACUCCUCAAAGAAACGAAUCAAUAACCAAUUCAGACGAAACCAAAACAAAAACAGUUUUGAGAAAAGAGACAUAUAUUACAGUGCCGAAAUUUUUGAAUGUACCAAAUGAGGAAAAUGAAAAUGGAAUCAAUAAUGAAUUUGACGACUCAUUGUCACCUAAAUUGACAAAAGUAAAAAACCAGAGGCUCCAUUCAGAAAUGUCUAUUUUACUAGAUGAUAUCAAAUUUACCCCCUUUAAAAGUGAUAAUGCAAAACAAAAUGAUAAGUCGUUUUCACCAAAAUAUUGCUCCACUAGCCAAAAAUCAAUUAAAUCAUCCAGUGAUGAUUCUGUUGACAAAUCAUUAAACAAAAACGCAACAUUUGAAAUUGACUCAGCUACUAGUGUUCAGCAAAACAAUACUUACGAGCUGACCACGUCGCCUACAAGUAUGAGAAACAGUUCUCAUUUGAAGCCAUUAUGUCUUGCUAAAGAAUUUGACAAAAACAACUUGGAAAUCGAAUUUUCAACUCCGUUACCUGUCGGUAAUACUAAGGAUAAUUUAAUGAGUGAUCGCCCGAGAUAUAGCAAUCAAUUUUCAAAAAGUCAAGUCGACUGUGGCAGUGCAAAAGAUUGUUUGGAAGCUGAUUUGUGGGUAAAAUGUAAAAAUACUUCAUUAUCGCCAAUAUCUAAAAGCCCUUUACAUUCAUCAUUGAAAAGUAUUAGAGAAGAAGAUGGUCAGCCAAUUAGAAAUAUCGUUGAAAAUAGCAAAAAACCGAACGCAAUGUGCAUUGAGAUAUCGCCGCCAAAAAAAAUCGGCAAUUUUAAGUUAUUUGAGAGAAAAAUAUCGCCUAGCAAAGUUGCUAGUGGCAGGGUAGUAAAAGAAAAGCCUGCCGUGCGAGUGUUUAAUCUGAAGAAAAAAAUCAAUAAUACGUCGAUCAGAGGUGACAAAUUAUUAAUACCUGGUGUAAAAAUAGCAAAAUUAUCGCUAGCAAAGCAGUUGAGCAGUGCCAAGAAAGAUGACAGCCUUUUGAAAAAUUCGAAGAAAAAGGAAGCGAGCGUUAAACUUCACGAUCCAAAUGAUUUUUUAACGAUGUUUUGUAAUCCAGAUCCUUUUGCUGCUACCAUGACUCAAGAUCCUUUCCUUACAAGCACUCUGUAUUACGACGACAAGUGGAUCUUUAUUCAGGAAUUGGAAUUCAAAAAGUGGCUGAAUGCACUGCUAACUCCGCCGGAACAUUUAUCAGCAGACGUAGAGUCUACGGUGAUUGACGUUGGCAAGGUUUGGCAGUGUUGCAGAGCAAAGGAAACGGUGGUAUUAGCAGAGAGCAAGGAAUCGGUAUCCGCUAGAUAUCACACGAACACGCGGUUAAAUACCCUACGAAAAGCUGCGUGUGCGAUGUUCCGAAAAGCCGAAGUGAUAGGUCCGCUGUCACAAACGACAGUCGGCAUCGAGAAGGAAAUCCUGCUCAUACGACCCGAUAAGGACCUGCAUCGCGACAUCGGCUUACAAAAGACGAUUCUGGAGCUAUUCAUCAGCUAUAAUCCCCUUUGGUUGAGGAUAGGUCUGGAAACAGUUUACGGAGAGACGAUUCCGCUGCAGUCGAACAACGACCUUGUCGGUCUGUCGAGGUUCCUCCUGCAUCGCUUCUUUUCCGAUCCAUUUAUCGUCAAACAUCAUUCGGCUAGCUCUCAUCCCAACAUACGUCUCGCCACCUUCCAGCCACUCAUGAACAAAUUUAUGUUGAAGAAGUUUCUGUUCGUCGUCUACUUCCUAGACUACGCAAAGCGCAUGAAGCUGAUCGGCCAUGACCCCUGCUUGUUUCACAAGAAGGCGUUGAUCAAGGACAGCCGGUCGAUACUGUUGACCUUCUCACGUGAACUGCUGAGCGGCAUUGGUGACGUGACCAAAGUGCUGCGCCAGUAUGGCUACACGGUGUCGCAUACACAGACCUACCUUGACGAGUACGACUAUGCGUUGACAAAUCUGUGCACAGACCUGCGCGACGGCGUGCGGCUCUGCCGGUUGAUGGAACUGAUUACUGGUAAACGUAACCUGACCUGUCGCUGCCGCGUGCCCGCCAUAUCGCGUCUGCAGAAGGUGCAUAACGUGAGCGUUGCCCUAUCCGCGCUCGCCCAGGCUGGCUACAGCCUUGCCGGCGGCAUUGAGCCUAAGUGCAUCGCCGACGGACACCGCGAGAAGACGCUCUCCCUACUCUGGCAGAUAAUCUACCGCUUUCAGCGGCCACGCUUCGAGCGAGCCGCCAGCACCGUACAGCGCUGGUGGCGUGCCAAGCUCUGGUUACCGCGGUUGCGCCGGCUGCUGGCACGCCGCCGCGAUGAUGCAGCACGCACAAUUCAGCGCGCCUGGAGGCAAAAGCGGGCGCGCCGCGUCCUCGCCGACCAACUACGGCGUCGACGCGAAGCGGCCCAUAUCUUGCAACAUCGCUGGCGGCUGUGGAUGCGCACUCGGUGCGAGCGCCGUGACUUCCUGCUGCGCCGAGCGGCGGCCCUGCAGCUUCAGGCCUGGUGGCGGCGCCUCCAUCAGACGCGCCCGCAUGUGCGCGAGCUCGCGCGCUGUCGCCACCACAUAGUGCUGCUACAGCGUCGUUGGCGCGCCACCCUCGAACGUCGGCGCUUUCUCAGCCUACGGCGAUGCGUUGCGCUGCUGCAGGCGCACUGGCGGGCCACACUUCUGGGGCGUCGCCAGCGCAACGACUACCUACGCCUAAGGCAUUACGCUCUGGUCGUGCAAGAGCGCUGGCGCGCACUACGGGAGAGUCGCUUGCAGCGCCAGCGCUUUCUAAGCCUGCAACGCGCCUGUACGGCCGUGCAGGCGGCUUGGCGAGGCCGCCGGACCCGCGAAUACCUAGCACAAAUGCACUGGGCCGUACGCCUGGUAGAGCGUCGCCGCGAGACCACGCUCCUAGGGCGACGCCUGCGCGUCGACUAUCUACGCCUAAGACAUUGCGCCCUGGUCGUGCAAGUGCGCUGGCGCGCUCUGUGCGAGAGCCGUUUGCAGCGCCAGCGCUUCCUGAGCCUGCGGCGCGCCUGUCUGACCGUGCAAGCGACUUGGCGGGGCCGCCAGGCCCGCGAGCGCCUAGCGUGGAUACGCUGGGCCGUACGCCUGGUGGAGCGUCGCCGCGAAGCCACACUGUUCGGACGCCGCCAAUGUCGGCACUACCUCGAGCUGAGGCGCUGCACCCUGGCCGUGCAAGUGCGCUGGCGCGCGCUGCGCGAGGGUCGCCUGCAGCGCCAGCGCUUCCUGGACCUGCGGCGCGGCUGUCUGGCCGUACAGGCUGCCUGGCGAGGCCGUCGGUUCCGCGAGUGCCUAGUGCAGCUGCGCUGGGCCGUUCGCCUGGUGGAGCAGCACCGAGAGGCCGUGCUAGCCGGGCGGCGCGCGCGUCAGGACUAUCUCGAGCUGCGGCGCGCGGCACUGACCUUGCAGCGGCACUGGCGGGCGCUGAAAGCGCGCCGUCGCUGCCACGAGGCCGCCACGCGCAUCCAGGCGUGCUGGCGAGGCUGGCGAGCUCGGCGGCGCCUGCAGGCGCUGCGACGUGCCUGUCGACUGGUGCAGGCGCGCUGGCGGUUCGCGCGGCUGCGGCGGGCGGCGUCGGUGGUGCAGGUCCGCUGGCGAGCGCGGCACCAGCGGCGAUUGUACCUGGCGCAACGCGCGGCCGCAACGCUGUUGCAGCGCCGGUGGCGCCGGCUGAUGCAGGAGCGGCGCCUUGCACUGUUGCGCUGGGCCGUGCACCUGGUGGAGCGGCGUCGCGAAGCCGUGUUGGUCGGACAGCACGCGCGACAGAACUACCUACGCCUGCGGCGCGCGGCGCUGAAGCUACAGUGGCAUUGGCGAGCCAGGCGACGCGAGCGCGCGGCCGUGAAGCUGCAGAGCUGGUGGCGCUCGCUGCUGUUGGGUCGGCACGCCCGGGACGAGUUUCGCGCGCUGAAGGCGGCCGUGCUGCUGAUCGAGAAUUGGUGGAUCGGCUCGGAAGAGCGUCGCGCGCGGAGGGCCCACGCGCUCAGACGGUUCGCGGCGGUACUCAAAAUUCAGGCUGCUUGGAGGGUCCGCGCGCGCAGACGGGCUGCGGCGGCUAUAAAAAUCCAGGCGGUCUGGAAGGGCAUGAUCGUGCGGCGGGCGGCCAGCCAGCAGCUGGCUGAGCUGCGCUCGAGGGCCGAGCAAGCGGCUAAAGACGCCGUGCCUACAGCCACAGUCGCUUUCCGGUUGGAGGACAACAUCGAGAAAUUCAAGUAUGCCGCGAACAUCGGUCAGCUGUCGAUUAGCUUGGCCUCUCUGGACGUGCUGGUUCGCUUGCUGCCCAACGCUUGCAUCCAGGUGUGCCAGCUGAAUUUGGUGUCGAAACUCUACGAUAUACUGAUGCAGGCCAACAGAUCGCUGCCCUGGCUGGACGUCUGCUUGAAGGACGUUAGCAUACUACUGACUCUGGCUAAAUUCAAACCGACGACCGAGUACGUUCUGAAGCUCGAGAACGUGCAUGUGCUUGCCAGAUUAUUAACCAUUUCUUCCGACAAAAAGGAGGAUUUGUUUCUGCAUACCGCAACGCUCCUGUGGGUGCUCAUGGAUAAUCACGAAUACGCAGAGGCUGCCAAGAAUUGUCCUCGGACCAAGUAUUUAUUCCAAUCUCUCUACACCUCGCUUAAUAAGAAGCUCGGCAAAUCAGCGUCAACUGUUACUCGAUGUGUGUCAGACGAGUUACCUAGCCCGAAUCCUGACUGGGGACUAAGAAACAAACGUCCAAGAACUUUCAAUAACGUUUCUCUAGCUAUCAUGUCUCUUGCCUCACGCCUCAAUAUUUUAAAUAUCGCUCAGGCAGUCGAAUUGCAGAGGUCUUUCAACUUUUCCAUAUGA